AUGCCAACAGCCACUGGUUUCCUCUCUGGAAUUUUUUUUCCUUUUCAGGUCUCUCAGGCAGCUGCAGAACUCCAGCAGUACUGUAUGCAAAAUGCCUGCAAAGAUGCCUUGCUUGUUGGGGUUCCUGCAGGGAGCAAUCCCUUCCGAGAACCCCGAUCCUGUGCUCUGCUCUGAAAUCAGGGAAGGUCACUGGAGAAUUGCCUUCAAGCAUGACAUGAAUAACAACUGCCUUUCCUUCACAAGAAAAGUCUCUGUCUUUUAUGUGGCUAAGACAGCAUCCUAGAUAUCUGUGUGCUGUUGUGAAUCCUUAUUCCACUAUAUUUUCUUAAUGUUCUUGAAGUUUUUUAAUGUAACUCUUACUCUUUUCAUAAUCAUCACCAUUUUUACUACACUAUGCUAACUAUACAAAUAUUACUUGAGAAGUUUACAUUUUAGAAAUGAAAAACUCGUGAAUUUUUAACCAGAUUACUGACUCUGAUCUUGAUAAACCGUAACACCGGAAUAAUAGCAAAAACUAUUCAUGGGGAUUUUUUUCCAAAAUUGAACAACCCAAAAGUGAAUAAUUAAAGUAUAAAGCUAGAUGCUGUUAGUGCUGAAGUAAUGUCCUCAGAGGACAUUUUGAUUCCAUUAGCAAGACCUGGAACCAACUUAAUUUUUUUUCAAGUGCAUCUCAGUGCAUAAAUGACACAUUUUAGUGACUGCUGAACACAAUAUGUAGCAGAGGCUUGAUUUUCAAAGCAUGUUUCUUGCAAUACUUCUAAUCAGUAAGCUGCCUUCUGCUUUGUGUUUGUAACAGUACUGUUGUGGUGGAAUUUUCUUCACGUGUUUAAAAGGUUACCAUACAGACACUAAGAAUCUGUGAACACCCAAAGAUAAUUGCAUGCGUUGUUGCCACAGUUUGCAACGCACGGAAUUAACUAAAAUGUGUUUGGUCAUUUGCCUUCACGUUUUUGAUAGAGCACUUUUACAAGAACAACUUUUUUUUAUAGCUUUUUGUCUACUUUCUAUUGUUUGUAUUAAUCUCUUAGAAGUUUGGAAAUAAAAUUCCUAUCCCUCUUGGCUUUGAA